GAAACCAACCUCAGCGUCAUUUUCUUUUCCUCUUCAUGUGGUCCCGCAAUAACAGCUAUUGGCCCUCAGCUUCACGUUUCACACAACGUCCAUGCUAGCCGCCUUUAGGUACCAUGCGCAGAGUUGAGCUUCCGAUAACCAUAGCCACGGGUCCGGCCGGCACUCAUAAUGGCUGAGGAGUUCGUCCUUCUGUGGCCGAGGUGGAGAUCGAACUUCUCCUAGUUCAGUAUGAGCUCGUUGCCGAUUACAGAGGAGAACCGCUUUGCUCCCAUCACUGACGAUGACCACUCCGGGUAUCUGUGGAUAACCUCCAUUCUCUGUUUGAUAUACGCUUCCCUUAUCAUCAUUGUGAGACUACACAUAAAAUGGAACAUGUACGGUGUGGACGACUGGACGGCACUGAUAGCAACGGUGUUUCAAUUCGGCCAGGUCGUGCCGCUUUUUGUUGCCAUGAACAACGGCCUCGGGCAUUCUGAACAGCUCCUUGAACCCGCUUCCAUAGAAAGAGCCGGGAAGGCAGCCUUCGUGUCUCACAUCUUCCUCAUCCUCUCCCUUUCCUUCGCCAAAGGCUCCGUAGCAGCUCUCAUGCUCCGCCUCUUCACCCGCGACAUAACAGCAACUCGGAAAUCCUGGAUCUUGUGCCACGCCACAAUCGUCUUGAUUGGCAUCUGGUGCAUUGGAUCCAUCAUCGCUAUAUCGAUCUCCUGCGAUCCUGAUGGCUUCCUUCGCGGCUUUGAACGGGAGUGCGGUUAUCAAGUGAAUCGCUGGCGAGCCAUCACUGCAACCAACAUCCUCAUCGAGCUCCUGCUAAUGCUUUUACCGAUAUUCUUCAUUUGGCCGAUCCAAAUGAAGACGUACAUCAAGCUUCAAGUCGUCAUUGCUUUCGGGUUCCGGUUCCCAAUCGUGGGUCUGGCUGCUGCCCACCUGCACUAUGUCUCGAGUUAUGAACAUAGCACCGAUGUCUCGAUAGCCAUCAUUCCGGCUUUACUCUACUCGCAGUUUGAACUCUUCUGGUCUCUCCUAGCGGCAACUAUCCCAACAUUGAAGGCAUUCAUGCGCUCGUUCAACUCCGGAUUCGGUAUGGAAAUCGAUCUGGACGGGUAUGGUUCGGGGUACGGCUCCGGCUAUGGUUCGAGGGGCCGCAACACCGGAAGCUAUCCGCUGCACUCUCUCAAAGACUCGUCGAAAACGAACGGCCCAGCCACAUCGCGCACCGUAACAACGAAAUCAUCGAAGUCUAGGAAGAACGGCAUCGAUGACGAUCUCUCGGGUAUAUCGAGCAGACCUACAAAGAACAGGUUGCGGGCAACUGCAAGUGUUACGAGCGAUGGAAGUCAGGAGUUGAUAAUUCAGCGGGGAAUGCAGUGCUCCGUUCACAGCGACGACUUCCAUCCAAAGAACUCGUCGUCGACCUCAUGAGCGUUGCUGCUGUGCAGCCGUUCCAUCAUGUCGAUCUUGGCCCAGCGCCAUUAUUCUACGACUCUCGCUCUUUAUUACUGGGGCCAUUCUGUCUCC